UCUGGAAGCUCCAAUUUGCAGCAAGCCUAGAAUGUCUGGGUGAUUCUUCUGAUGUUAAGGAGGUCUCUGAUCUUGUCGAGGCAUUUAGCCACCGCUGCCUGUGGGCAGUCCUUUGUGUUAACAACUGUCAUCUUCCCACCUCUUCUGGGGCAGUGUUUUUUGUUCAGAUAGUUCUAAGUUGUUCAUGAAAGAAUGCUGUGAGACCAAUCUUUGCUGAAGAAGCAGAUGUAGUCUAGUACAUUUAUAGUUAUGUCAGAUUCCUUCUUUUUGGUGUGCCCUUGUCUUGGGAAAAUCAGCCUUUCAGCUGCUGUUGAAGAGUGCUCUUCUGUCUGCCCAUCAAUCUUCACUUUCCAUUGAAAUUAACCCUACUUUCAGGAUUUGCAGGGAAUACUUAAAAUCUGUAGUCUUACAUGAAAAGGUGGGUCCUGUGCCUCACCAUAGCUUUGCAGAGCUUCCAGGUGUGCAGCAGCUGAUCUCGUACUGUCACUGUGUUUCGGAGAUCUUGCAUUCCUGGUGCAUUACCUGCAUGACCUCCUGAGUGCCAGCCUGAAGAGGCCAUGUUGGCCAUCCAGGAUGGAGACGGGCUCUACCAACAUGUUGAGGACACUCAUCUUCUUUGGGGCAGUGAGCUCCCAGCAGAGACCGACGCAGUUUCCAUGUGCAUUCAGCAUGACGUGCAAGCCUGCUGGUCUGAACAGCCGCCGCUCGCCGAUGGGUGCGCAGCAGGCUCCUUUUGCCUCUGUCUAUAACCCGCUGCAGUCACCCAGUGUGGAGGCACGGGGCAGGCACAGCCCUGGUGCCCUGUCCAGCCAGGUUCGUGUGGGGCCGGAGCAGCUGAAGCACGUGGCCCAGGCCUGCCCUAAAAGCCCUGUGGAGGUGGAGGUGCCAGGACUGAAGGUGCUGCAUGUGCAGUUCAAUUCUCCCCUGCAGCUCUAUUCGCAGAGCAACAUCAUGGAUUCCCUGCAGGGGCAGAUCUCCUCCAUCAGCCCUGAUUUCCCCAGUUUAGAUCAGCACAGCCAUCCCUCAGGCAGCAUUGCCAUAGACAGAGACUCUGAGGUUUACAAGAUGCUCCAGGAGAACCAAGAAUCGCAUGAGCCACCCAGGCAGUCUGCUUCCUUCCUAGUGCUGCAGGAGAUUUUGGAGUCAGAGGAGAAAGGAGAUCCCAGCAAACCAUCUGGAUUUAGGAGCGUCAAGGCUCCCACCACAAAGGUGGCCUCAUCGAUUGGGAAUGCCCAGAAGCUGCCCAUGUGUGACAAGUGUGGAUCUGGCAUUGUAGGGGUGUUUGUGAAGAUUCGGGACAAGCAGCGUCACCCUGAGUGCUACGUGUGCAGUGACUGCGGCACCAACCUCAAGCAGAAAGGACAUUUCUUCGUGGAAGAUCAAAUCUACUGUGAGAAGCACGCACGGGAGCGAGUGGUGCCCCCAGAGGGCUACGAGGUGGUCACUGUCUUCCCUAAGUAGCCUGUGCUGCAGUGGGGUCAGCGUGGAUCGUUGCUCUUCUGGGAAAGUAUUGCCCUGCCCCUUGCCGACUCUCCUUCGCAAUAAGGAAUGCUAGACACGGCUUUGAAUUUCCUUGCCGCGUGAAAGUUCCGUCUGUACACACAAGGUGUCACUAAUCAUUCAACAUUCUUUUGUCUUUCACUGUUAUUUCUCUCUUUUUUUUUUAAUACACAGAUUAUUAUUUUUUCCCUUCCUUGUGCUGCCACGUGCACAGGCAUGGCAGAGGCCAAAGUCAGAUCACAGCUCACCUGUAUCCCAGUUGUUUGCUUUCUGUUCACAUUCAAUAAAUAGGGUGACUCCAA